UACCAGUAUGUGUGCAUCAGAUAACGCAUAGCAGCUGACGGACCCGCCCCUCGACACAGUCGACAUGGCGUCGGGCAGACUGGAAGAAUGAGAAGUUAAAACUACUGACAAUUAAAGAUGGCGAUGCACAGGACAUUGACAGACAAUUUAUUGACGUGCAGCAUCUGCAUGGACGUCUUUGAUGACCCCUGUACACUUGUGUGUUAUCACACAUUUUGUCGGAAAUGUGUCGUUAGCUACACUGAAACCAGACCAGAAGCCAUCAGUGCCAAGUCUCUCCUCUGUCCAUUCUGUCGUAAGAUGACCAAAGUAGCCAAUUCAAACAGGCCAGUUGAAGAGUGGGCACAGGAGGUGAAACCCAGCUUCUUGAUUCAGGGUCUCAUGGAUUCCUUCGCUCCCUGCAGUCAAGGAACAAAUAACUGCAACUUAUGUGAUGAUGACGGGGAGGCAACUCUGGCUACAUCUUGGUGUUCUGACUGUGACGUCUCGCUGUGUGGUGGAUGUCUUAAGGCCCAUGUUCGUAAUCCUGCCUCCCGUCACCAUGACGUAUCUGACUUGUCAAGGGAUGUCAAGGUGAAGAAAAGACGCAAACCUAUGUGUAAAGAACAUCCAGAUCAGAGGAUUCAGUUCUGCUGCAAGGAAUGUAAGAAACUACAAUGUCAAUCGUGUUGCAUCUUGUAUCACAGAAAAUGUGAGUCCAUUGUCUCGCUUGAAUCUGUGUUGCCUAAAAUGCAAAACACUCUUCAAACUGUGAAACAGAAACUAGAGACUGAUUUAGCAACAUCAAACACUCGCCUUGCAAAGAAGGAAGCAAAAUGUACUGAAAUUAAUGAGAACAAGUCAAGCCUUCAGUCUCAGGUCCGAUCAGCAACCCACACCGCCAUUGACUUGAUAAAGAAGAAGGAAAGACAACUCCUGGAACAAAUAGAUGACGUCACAGAGAAACAAAUAGGACAGAUGAAAGGAGACAUUAAGCGUGAGGAGAUGGCCAGGCAGAUGAUUCGUCAACACUCGGAGUUGCUGGGCAGAGCUCUGGAGUCUGAGAGUGACGUGGUCAUCUGUGAGAUGUAUCUGUGGAGUGAGUCGGAGGAGGCAGCCACUGUGUGUGUCCCGGAGUCAGGUAUGGAGGAUGUAUCUGGGGGCAAGGCUUGUUUCAUACACGAUCGUCAUCUGAUGUGUGAGGAACUAAACGAUCUACACUUGGGUGUGGUUGAUAUCAUUGUUGGUGAUGUUUUUGAUUCUACAUCUACAGCAGUUCUGUAUGACACAGUGGACAUACAGGCAGAAGAUGAUAAGAAGAAACCCAAUGCUCUUGACGUGGCAGUGUUUGUUGUCGACAACACAGACACCAUAGUUGUGACAGAUUGUGACAACAAGUGUGUGAAAUCCUUCUACAAAAGAAACAAGAAGUCAUGUCAGAGUAAGCUGGGGGUACAAAGCGCUCCUCGAUGUAUUGCAAAAUUAAACAAUAAUAAAAUGGCUGUGACUCUCCAUGGCACUAAGGAAAUAAUAAUAGUAGAAGUGAAGCCUGAACUGGUUCUUCAAUCAUCCAUCUCCACAAGGAAGGGGUACUACGGUCUGACAUCCCUGACACCGACAACCCUGGCAGCAGGAUCCGGGGAUCCUCCCUGUGUGGACAUCCUGGACAUGACGGGGAAUGUGUUGAGGACCCUGGAUCCUGUCACAGAUGGAGAGAGUCUUGCAUCAGCUCCUUGGUUCCUCAGUACCACCAGGCAGGGUAACAUCCUCGUGUCUUACCUUGGAUACGCUCACAGGGUCCUCUGUUUGACUCCUCAUGGAGAUGUUGUGUUCAGGUAUCAUCCUACACAGCAGUGGCCUUUCUUUGCUGGAAUCACUGAAACCAACACAGGACAUAUCCUGGUUAUAGAUUACAAUGCACAAUGUGUGAUUCAACUCAGCGCUUCUGGGACGUUUGUGAGGGAAGUCUUGACGUCACGUGAUGGUAUUACAUCUCCGUAUGGUCUCUACCUGUCUGAAAGUCAGCACCUGUAUGUCAUCGAUGAUGACUGUGUGAAGAUCUACAGUUUUACAGGAAACACCUAAGAUGUGGAUGCAUAACGAUUGUACCUGAUAGAAUCCGUCACCAUCUGAGUGACAAUAGUUUAUGUAAAUAUGAAUUUCCAAUACAAGUGAACAAUCAGUCCAGACUGUCCGCCGAAACAGAUUAAAAUUUGACGUUAAGUGCAAAAUAGUUGUGAAAUUUAUAUGGAUGGACCAGUGAUAUUGAGUGAUGAUACCAGGUAGUCGCGAAAAGGGUAAGCAUGUCCGACCCUAUCGGUAGCACUCGACAAUCACACAAUUUACAUGACAAAAGAAGUAUUUGUCCCUGACGCGGCACAGCUGUACUCGUAUCGCGAGACGGCGACCUGUAAACAAACCAGACAAUCAAGUGAUCGAUGAACCAGAAUAUCCAGUGACACGUUAGUGCAGUAACUGAUUUUGUUGAAACUAAUGAAACCGAUACGUUAAAUAUACCCUACGAAUUAAAUGCACCGAUUCUGCUUCUUAAAAGAAAGAAGAACGUUUAAGAACUAUUAUGAGAGGCAGUGGUUGGGGGAUGCGUUUUUAUUGUGCCCACACCAGGGGUUCGCGAUGUUUGUGUCUGACAUUGGUGUGGAGCUGUGAGACAUCAAUAUGGUGAAUGUGAAUAAUGAAUGUACAGAACUGGAAUUGUCACUCGUCACACAAAUAUUCCGUUAUUAAAUGUGCAUGUAUUACGUGUAUAUUUAAGUUAGCGGGGAGGGGAGGGCGGAUUUUGGGUAAAAGCAAAGGUCACCAACAACGCGUGCCAUGUUGGAGGCGACUUAAUGGAUAAGGUGACCUGGUUAAUUUGCACGUCAUCGUAUCCCAAAUACAUGGAUCGAUGCUCAUGAUGUCAGUCACUGGACUAUCUGACCAGACUCGAUUAAUUACAGACCACCCUCAUAUAGCUGGAAUAUUGCCGAGUGCUGCGACGAACAACAAACAAACAAAAUCUGAGCGAAUGUCUGUUCAUCGACACCAACUACAACACUGCCGACAAGCUGGUUAAUUUACACAUGCUUAUAAUCCCACGAAACAGUCGUGAAUGCCAUGGUUAUCUAUCAGAAGUAUGGAAAAUAGUUUACAGAACUACAUCCGUUUCAUCGACAGUAUUAAUACCUCGCCAAGGCUCUGAACUCACUAUAUACCUCUGGGGACAGAUAACACGUACUUCUUCGUUGCCCAAAGGUUAUUCCUCGAAAUUAUCAGUUUGUUUCAAUCGGUAAAACGGUAUAUGAUUGGCUACGGAUGUGUCGUGAAUUGCCAAAAGAAUCCUAUAUAGCAUAUAUGUCUCUGUUCUCGAUAUACUAUUCUGCCUAGAUCAUACAAAUAUAAAUGGCAAAUGUUUCCGUAUCUUAUUUUUAACCGUUUAUUUGGCGCAGAAUAGACUUGUGAUUAAGAUUGCUAAACCUAUAGAUGCAAGUGCGACAUCCGCGUAGAAGCAGGCUGUAGUUUCUCUAAUGGCAGCUAU